AUGCCUCUCUCGCUCCCCCCCAUACAGGCAUUAGAAGAAAAUAGCAAUCAACGGUUCAUCCUUCGCAACGACGACCCGAACAGCGGCUCCGACCCCGAUCUCGUCAUUACUGCGUUAGAGUUGCUACACGAGGGCCACAGAAAAGAGGUAUAUCGUGGGACAUUAGCGGAACCCAUCGAGGAGGCGCCGUACGUCGCGUGCAAGGUCGCGUAUGGCCUGAAUGCGAUUCGGAAGCUUAGACACGAGGCAGCGCUGUACCAGGGCAGGCUCAAACCUCUCCAGGACGCCUGGGUGCCCAUAUGCUAUGGGUACUUCGUCGGCGACACCGAUGAAGGACUCACUGGCUGUCUCAUUCUUGACUACUGUGGCGAGCCCGUCAAUACGAGGUUCUCGUGCCUGGAAUACAAUUUCAGGGUCCAAGUCAUCAGUGCGUUCGUAGAGAUUCACAAUGCGGGCGUCUGUCACGACGACGUUUCGGAGAGGAGUGUUCUCAACUGUGAUGGCAUUCCCUUGGUGAUCGAUUUUGAAGAUGCGACGGAAGAGGAGUGUGGGCGCAAGGUGGAUGUUGUUGUCAACACUAUCGAGCCACAUCCGGCCAAGUUUGGGUGCAAAGAACUCUUCGACUUGACUGUCGACCUUGGUUUGUGGAAGCCAGAUCAGUGCAGACGAUGA